CAAGAAGAAGAAGAAGAAGAAGACGACGACCGACGAGGAUGAGCGGCAUCAACACUCAAAUGCAGUACGGAGAAGCGGACUUCACGGUUUAAAUUCAUAUUUUGGGUAAACUUCAUUUGAACGUAUUUGUGACUAUGGCGGGUGACAGCAGUCGCGACGGCUCUGAAAUCGACACAAAGCAGCUCCAAGCUAAUCCCACGACGGAGUAUUGCUCAAAGUUGCAGCGGUGGAUGUGGGAGUAUUACUGGGGAUAUGCUAACUGGCAGAGCUACCCAGCUCUGUCAGCCUUCCCGCUGCCUCCGCUGAGCUCUGCUUCUCAGACACACGCUGCACAUGGGUCCUCCCCCGCCAGUGGGCAGCCAGCGUUUGAACCCGGGAACUGGUACGGCAUCCCGCAUGCUUUCAGACCCCCGGGGUCCUCCCCUCCGUCUCACCCAGCUGAUGUCCAGGCGGAGCAGCGCUCAGCCAUGACUGCUGUGCAGCAGAACCGAAGUCCACCUCAGGCAGGACGAGAGUACACAAUCCCGUCGCCUCUUCAGAGGUUCCUGGCGGAGACGGUGGACUUCCUUAUCUUGUUUUGUGUGAAGGCCACCAUCGUGUUGUGGAUAAUGCAUCUCUGUGGAAUGAAGGACAUUGCCAAGUUUAUCACCCACUUCAUUAUUGAGGAGAUCGAUGAGAACACGUCCAUCGAGGACCUGCAGAAGAUGAUGGUGGUCGCCCUGGUUUACAGGGUACUGGUUUGCAUCUAUGAGACAAUUUGUAUUUGGGGCGCUGGAGGUGCGACUCCAGGAAAGUUCCUGCUCGGUCUGCGGGUGGUGACAUGCGACACGUCCACCAUGGUACGACCCAACCGCAUCUUUGUGGUUCCAGCAUCUAACGUCUCUCUGUCGGCCUCUACUGUGCGGGCUUUGAACAAGAACUUCUCCAUCGCUUUCCUCUUCCCCAUCUUCAUCACAGUCCUCUUCUUCCAGCACAACAGGACUGUUUAUGACAUUGUGGCCGGGACCAUAGUGGUUCAACGCAGAGGGGGCUGAUGGGUUGUAGUUACUGACAGAGGGCGAUUGUUCUGUUUCUCAUUAGGAGCCAAAUAACUGAUUUUAAAUCUAAACUGUAAGAGUGAUGGGUCGUAACAUCACUAAACAGAAAUUGGACUGCACUUUAAAAGUACAUGAAUACGGACAUGGUAGCAGAAUAUUAAGUCAAAAAAUGAAAAACUGCCUCGUCUGUUGUGAGGAUUUCGGUUUUCUUAUCGAGUGUCAAUGAAAACUGCUCUUUACUCUUUGCCUCUGCAACAAUAUGCGCAGUGUUUGUACAAUGCCAAAUGAUUUCUUUUUCCCCAAACAUUAAUUACUCUUGGGCCAAACUAUUUAUUUCAUAUUUUAUAGAUAAGAAAGCAUUGAAUGGUACCUAAAUAUAGAAAUAUAUUUUUCAAGUGAACUACUUGAUGGAUCACCAGGACUCAGGAAGCCUGCAGGUGGGGAGGAAAACCAUCAAUCCAAUCUAAGCCUUAAUACCUCCACCUCUGUUAGUUAAGCGGCUGUUUGAGUAGUUCGUGUAUCCUUCAAAGUCCAUGUGAGGCACCAAAAUAAAGAGGUCAUGUAGGCUGGGUGCCUACAUGACCUCAGAUAACAAAAAAUGCAAAAUAUCUGCAUGCAAAACUUAACAUUGCACACAUUUUUGGUUUCCUGACGGAAAAAAAAAAUGAGGGUCUUGUAGCUGGGUUAUGAUUGUAGCUGUUUGGAUGACCUCGGAAGUAUUGGGAUUAUUUUGUAAAUUCAGAAAAAAUUGCCGUGAAGAUCUAUGCAGCAAUCUGUAUGUGAUUUUUUUUAAACUUUUUUUUUCUAUUAACGUUUUUUAGGUUACAGCUUAUUUGUGCAUUGUUUGUUUUUCAAACGGAAUUGUUUCGAGUGCAAUUUUCCACUUUCCACUCUGCAAAACAAUAUACUAUUAUGAACGAUAAUUUGGUUAAAUAUUCCCUUUUAGUCAGUGAUUAUUAUUUUUUUUAUAUUAUUUACACUGUACAAAUUGUCCAUUGUUGCACAGUUUGUAAAUUCUCAAAAGAAAAGUCAUUUUGUGACUCAGGGCAAUGUUUUAGCAUUGAUGAUAAUAUUUUAUUUAAACAUAAAAUCUGAUAUUUCUGUAUGUAAAAAAUUUGAGAAUAUUCUGGUAUUAAAUUUCCUAACCAUAAAUGGAUUUAUUCCACACAAGAA